CCGGAGCGACUUGAGUUGGUCGGUCACGGUCAGUCCACCGCGCCCGACACGCCCACUCCGCCCACCGCUUCCUGCUCUCCACCGCGCCAACGACCCCAACCCACCGAUCAAGGCAGCCUGUUCGACCCUCCACCCGCCGCCCGAGGCCAAGCCGUCGCCGGCAGCGAGCAUGCACCACGAUCCCAACCCCUUCGACGAAGGCGCCGACGACAAUCCCUUCUCGAAUGGAGGUGGAGGAGGACGUGGCGGAGGCGGCAAGUCGCAGUUCGCGUUCCGGUCGGCGGAGCCCGUCGGGUUCGGCGGCGGCAGGGGCGAUGCCACCGUCGAUAUCCCCCUCGAAAACAUAAGCGAUUCGAAGGGCGAGGCGAAGGAGCUGUCGCAAUGGGAGACAGAUCUCAAGAGGCGAGAGGCGGAUAUCAGGAGGAGGGAGGAAGCUCUCAAGAGCUCUGGGGUGCCCACGGAGGACAAGAACUGGCCACCGUUCUUCCCGAUCAUCCACCACGACAUUGCCAACGAGAUACCACCCAAUGCACAGAAGUUGCAGUAUCUUGCGUUCGCAAGCUGGCUUGGCAUUGUGCUUUGUCUCUUCUGGAAUUUUAUUGCUGUCAUAGUCUGCUGGAUCAGAGGGGGAGACUCUAAACUUUUCUUCCUGGCUACCAUCUACGGUAUGCUUGGCAUCCCUUUGUCCUACUUGAUGUGGUAUAGGCCUCUAUACCGUGCAAUGAGAACUGACAGUGCUUUCAGCUUUGGAUGGUUUUUCCUUUGUUACCUGCUCCACAUUGGCUUUUGCAUACUUGCUGCCAUUGCUCCACCAAUUAUAUUCCGUGGAAAAUCAUUAACGGGUAUAUUGGCUGCAAUUGACACCUUCUCUGAUCAUGCAAUAGUUGGGAUCUUUUACUUUGUUGGAUUUGCCUUGUUUUGCUUGGAGACAGUUGUGAGCAUUUGGGUUCUUCAGAAAGUAUACAUGUACUUCAGAGGGCACAAGUGAAGUAGGCCAUGGAAGAAAUUUACAAAAGUCUACCAGUACCAUCUGAUUGCGCUGCCGUUCUGUGCAUACAUACUGAUGCAUGUCUGUCGUUGGAUGUUAUGACAGUGUAAAUUUUUUCUUUAAAGUUUGUAUGGUCGAGGGGUAUACCAUUAUAUUGUAGUGUCGUUUCUGGACCGAUCUGUUGUUUGAAGCAACAAUUCUUUACACGUACAAAUUGCACUA